CACCAUCGAUGCAUACAAUUUGUUGGGAUGUCAUUUAAAUACUGAUCAGCAGUGCACUGUUUUAAGCAGAAUUCACACAACUUUGGUAUUCAAAUUAGUAGAUGAAAAUGUAUCUACUUUAAUAUUCGGAAGAAAGAAACUUAACAGAGUUUACUGUAAAUGUAACCUGCUGACAUUCUGGUGAUACAAAUUGUUGUAUUUGUUUAACAAAAAUGUUAUCUGCUAUCGUAAAAGAGCAUCAAAGUAAGCAAGUGGCAAGAAAAGAAAGGCAAGAGCAAAAAAGAAAAGAAGCCGUACAAGCUGCAAGCAAUCUGACACAAGCCUUGGUCGAUCAUUUAAAUGUAGGAGUGGCACAGGCAUAUCUUAAUCAAAAGAAACUGGAUGCAGAAGCAAAGCAGUUGCAACAUAGCGCAACAAAUUUUGCAAAGCAAACACAAUCAUGGUUAAGUUUGGUAGAAGCUUUUUCCAGUGCGUUAAAAGAAAUUGGCGAUGCUGAGAAUUGGGCACGUAGUAUCGAAGGUGACAUGAGGACUAUAGCAACUGCUUUAGAAUAUUCUUACAAAGCUACUCAAGAAGCUCAAGGGACCAGUACUUCUUAAAAUCUUAAAAAUAUGGGGUUUUCUGACUUUCCGGUACAAGAAAAGCAUUAUGUGCCUCAGAUACACAUGGUUUUCUUCCAUAUUCAAAGGCGUAUAAAACUGACAAAAAUCGUAUCCAAAUGUUUUUCCAAAUAAACCUGAGGGAGGCGUCUUUUACGAUGUGUGCGCAUGUCAUUUGUUUUCAAUCGUUCUGAUAUAUUCAGACCUGUUCUUACGGCACCUACCAAAAAUCGGCACGAAUUUUCCAUCAAGGAACCUAACACUAAGUAUUAUUAAACAUUGUUAUAAAUUUUAAUAUUGUUUUGCAUCUGUAUCAAUAUACGUUAAAAUAAAUAUGAUCAUUAUGCUUU